UUGAUGCAUGUGGCAACGCUGUCGUUGAUGUGUCGUGAGUUUAUGUUACAUACUUUUGGGGUCAAAAGCUGACGCGUUCGCUGGACAUAGGAGUAUCAGCGCAAAAUAACAAUAAAUCUAGGAAGUGAAAACAGCCUGCACAAGACAAAAUCCAAAAUCUAUAAUAAAACAUAUUUAUAGUAUAUACCUAGGGGCUUGGACACUCAUGUAUAUUGUGAAAACUAUUUAGUUGAAGCACACACUGGCACGUACACACACAAACCCUCACUGCAUGACUUCAAGGGAAUAAUUUCCUCACAAACGUACAUAUAUACAUAUGUACUUGCCCACAUAUAUAUGUAUGUAUGUGGGAGCGUCAACCUUCGGUUCAACUUAGCAACGUGAAGCCAGCCUUUGAUUAGUAAAAGAACCCACACCACAACGUAAAUCGCGCUUAUUUCCAUCCGUUACACUUAUAAAAAAUUGCACACUAACAAAGUAAGGCAACAAAUAGCAAAAUAAAUAUAUCGAUUAUUUUCGUAUUUGACGUUGUCGUCGUGCUUAACGUCGUUGUCGUCAGUUGCUGCAGUGUUUUGCAUUCGGUGUUCAGUAUUCGGUCGGCUCGCCUUUUGUUCGCCCAACUGGCGACGACAAUUUUCGAUUUCGAACAAACUAAACACAAACGAAACAGUAACAAAAAACACCAUAAUUGUAUUGAAUGAAACCUUAAUGCAUCAAAAAAAUAUUUGAAGAUAAAAUAUAUAUUUACGUAUACGGUAUAGAAUGAAGCAUAGAUGCAUAAAUAAAUAUCACAAAUUUUAAAAAGUAUACAAUGUAAAUAUGUACAUGUAUCUGUACAAAAUGUACAAGUAUAACAUCUUUGGAUUAUUAAGGAAUACCAAAACAAAAUCACACGGAUAGCCAAUUGCACGCUUCAUAUAUGUAUACUACUGUGAUCAAAUUUAUAUUUCUCGUGUUUUUUCAGUAAAUCGGUCAUUUUUUUUCCUGUAAGUUGGUGGUGCUGUUAGUGGCAUCUAUGCUAAAUUUUAGGUCAAAAUAUUCAUUAGUACUUAAGAUACGCGCCGUUUUGUGAGGCUCUAGAAGUGAAUUCUUCGAUUUUUAAUAGAUCUGAAUUUAUUGAACAAAGAAGUGCGAUAGUGCAUCAUCUCAUACUGUAUUAGUUAUCGUGCCUCAACCACCGCAUUCGCCUGAUUUACCUUAUUUACCUUCGUGUAACUUCCGGCUGUUCAGCAAAUUCACAUGACCACUCCGAGGACACCGUUUGGACUCAAUUGAGGAUAUGAAAGCUGAAUCGAAGAUGGCUCUGAGGAUUUUUCCAAGUGCUAUAAAGACUGGAAAAUUCGUUGGCAUAAAGUGUAUUGCAGCGGGUGGGGAUUGUACAGUACAGUAGAAUAUGUAUGCUUGUAUAAUAGAGAGUAAACGAAUGUCCAUAGUAGAAAAAAAUUCAGAUAACGAAAAGUGCAAAUAAAUGUUUUUGACUAAGGGGAGAAGAAAAAAGAAACAACACAAAGUGUUAUAAAGUGGCGAAAUUAUUAAGGCGGUACGAUUUGAUCAGCUGCUUCAAUAUGUUUUUGCAAUAACUCCUUUGCACUCAUGCAUAUGUGAUUUAAUGACAAGAGUGUCGUGUUUUUAUUUAUGUGCGAUUAUUUUGAUAUCAAGUUGACAUAGUCAAUUCAAAUAUAUACUUCGCCCUGCAGGAAACUGGUGUAGCUUACAACAGGCCUAUAACACAUUUCUUUUAAAAGUUUUGCUACAGCGUGCAAUUAUCACCCACGUGGCCAAUAUGCGUUAAAGACGUUACAAAUACUGCCGAACCACGCUACCAAAACAUGAUCUCAUCAAAUCCUUCGAAUUGUAUCGAAAAUGAUCAUCACAUUCAUCACCGAACCCAUCACACAGCAACGGCAGGUUCUCAGACUUGUGGCUUUAGCUCGGGAGUUCGCAAUAACCGACGUAACAUGAGCAACAACAAUGUGUGCGGUGUACGCUGUCGUUCUUUAUUGGGAUAUCAACCUCAUUUGCAGCUUAUCAAUGAUGCUAAUAUUAUGGGCAGCAAUAAUUGCUGCGAUACUGGUGCAUCUGGAGGCCGUUAUAGUCCACAUCCGAAUGAGAUGUUCUUGCAGCAUCAUGGUAAACACUCAUCCCAACCAAUUAAUGGUUUUGAUGAUUCAACAAAUUGUUGUUUGCCGCCACCAUCACCAGCGCCGAAUAGUGAUAGAUACAUAAUGGGCUUAACAUCACUGCAAGGUUCUCAAAUAUGUGGCGCUUCCAGUAAUGUUAACUGUUUGGAUAUGCAUACGACAUACACUAAUUAUGAUGGCGGUGGCAAUAUUGGCGGUCAAGUACAUCAAGCUAACACACAGCAUUUACAUCAACAUCUACAUACUCAUCAUACAGCACAAUCGCUUUCUUCAUCCGCAUCAACAUUACCGUUGGCUGUUUCAAGUAAUUGCGGCACAGACUUGUCAGAAAAGUAUGCAGGCAGCAUGCAACAGUGUUCCAUUUCACCAAAUACUCGAUUUCGCUUAUCAGACCGAUAUCGUGAGGUGUCUACGCCUAAAUCACUGGUUUUGAAUAGCACAUCCACCACUGGUAGUCAAGGCGCCUUUGCUCCGGCCUCGGGUGAUGUCUCAACACAGCAUUGCAGUGCCGCACGAUACGCCUCUUCCGCACAUUUUUUAACACAAAAUACACCCCUGGUGACAAGCGACACCUACACAUACCUUUCGUCGACAGUGCAUACGCCUGUAAAGCGCUAUGUGCCGACCCCUCCACCGUCAAACGAACUAUACACUGACAUAUCGGUACAACAGUCUACCCUGACGCCGCAAACAUAUGUAAGCAAAUGCACGAACAAUAGUGUGAUCGGUGGAAAUGGCACAGCGCAACAUGUCAACACACUGCCUUUCCGCUUACGCAUGAAAUGCUGUGCCAAUGAUUUGGCACAUCCACCAGUGAUGCAGGCAGCUAAUAUAAAUACCUCGCAUAUGACGCAUAGUCUUGAGCAUCGGCCACUCUCAAUUACCGACUACUAUGCCACAUCUCCGCGUACUCGAUCAUCCUUCAAUGUUGUUAACAACAGCAAUAUCAUUGCUAACGUCAUGGGUAAUUCAAAAUGCGCUGGAGUAACAGCAAAAGAUGCUUCCAUUAUCAUAUUACAAGAUCAACAAAUGCCAACAAAUGAAAACUUGACAUCGCUAUCUCAGUUGCAUAACACAUCCAGCUGUAUAACCUCUGCGUCGACGGCCUGUUCAGCGUCGACAGCUGUGGCGGGCGGUUCGAAUCCUUUAUGCGUUAGACCGUCGACGGCCUCACCACUAUCUAUUGGCGCCAACGGUAUGUAUGUAGGCGGCAACAGCCGUUUGAAUACAAACGGUGUCGCUCGUGCUAAUAACUCAAAUGUUAUAAGUGAUAGUAACAACCGCAUUUAUACGACGCCUGUCACCCAAAAGGAUGCUAAUUCUAGCGGAAAUAGUGUUGGUGACAACAGUAUUAGCAACAUAAAUUCUGGACCCGGUGGAGCCACCACUUGUUUGCAUUGCAACACAGUGCGACGUACAACCGGCGUGCAUCAGACCACUCAGACAACAGGCCCGAUCAGCCCAAUACCUAUACAACAGGUACUUGAAGGCAAUAGCGCUGGAGUCACCGGUAGUUACAAUGGCGUUUUUAUACAAAAUAAGCUGGAACAAACUUCACUUUCACUCACACCAUCCACCAGCGAGUCGCAUAUUUCCCCGCAAUCGCCGUCGGCAAAUAGAGCACCGAAUUCGCGAGUACCUUUUCGAAGUAAAGCGAAUGAUCACAGUAGCAAUAACGGAGUUGAGCAAUUGCUACAGCAGCAAGGAGAUCAAAUGUAUGUGACUCCAAAAGCCCUACAUCAUCCAAUGAAUGUAAUAACAGAGGGCACAAUCACAGAGCACGUUAGUAUUACUGGGAACGGUCAAAUGUGCAAGCAGCAGCAGCAUCAACAAGCUUUGAACCUUAAUCGGCAACUACUGCAACAUUCGUCUAUGCAGAUGCAUCAUCAACCACAACAGCCCUCACCAAUACAACAACUGCCUAUACCACAACAGCAACAGCAAAUUCAACGCUUUUCUCGAAAGAAACGUUUGAGUCAAUACAUACGCAAAGAAAUAGCCCGAUUUUUUGGUGUAGACGCCAGUACGGAAGCUGAAGAGUUUGCUGUUUGGCAAGGCCGUCAAAGGCGCUUAGCCCUCCGACGGUUUGGUGCGUUGAAAAGCGAGAAUGAGUUACAUACUGAAAUGAACAACAGAAAUACCAGUGAGGUCAAUAACCGCAUAAAUUUCUAUAAUGGAGUCGGUGGGGGGACUAAUCAACAAUACCACCAAGAUCACUACCACUCUUCGGAAAGGCCUGAUAUAUUACCCGCUCAUGAUACAGAAGGUGAUGACUUGACAAUCGAAUAUACAUCGCGACGACGUCAUUUCUCAUAUACUGACUUCCAGUUAGGAGAUCAUGUCGAGCGGAAAGCAUCCGUAGGUACAAUGAUUAUGUCUAGUCUAACUUAUAUCGUUCAGACACUCAAUAAACGACAUCCCCGCCACAACCGACAAUGGUCACGGAGUUUUGCGCAAGCUCAUAUUAAUCAAAUCAAUGGUAUCGAUAACUCAGGUGAUAUUUUUGAAGGCUUACCAGCGUUUCACGAAGAGGAACUAUUUUUCGACUCUUCAGGUACUGAGCAAACUCUAAACAAUAGCAAUGUAAUUGGUUUGAAUAGCAGUAAUGGCGCAAUUAGCGGCUCGUUGCAACAAUCAAACGUUAUGAGACCUGGUGAUGGCAGUGCCACGGUCACGAACAAUAAUGGCGUACAGCUACUUGAACAUCAUCGACAAAUAUACAUGAGUGAACGUAUGCACGGAUGGCGUACUUCAGCUGUAAUGGGAGGUAGUGGAAAACAUGGCACUCCCAACACCAACGUUGCUACAAAUGGUGAACAAAUAACUGCGUCCAUAUUGCUGCAGCAAGCCACAACCACCAACAUUAAUACCGGUGGUCAACAAUCAAGUAAUGUUUGCACUACUAGCAUCUCCCACCAGUCCAAUAUGACAGCGAUCGCUGGUAAUAAUGGCACACCUUUACUGCCAAUUAUACAACCAACAAAUGGAACACGCGGUAAUCGCAUAGCGGCACAACUUUUAGAUGGCGUACUCGAGAAUUCGCGUCGCUCAAUACAGCGCAAAGUUAAAUUGUUUACAGUUAAUGAUCUAGACGAUCGUGCGGAUCAUCGGCCAUUCUUUACAUAUUGGAUAAACACAGUGCAGACAUUAGUUCUCUUAUUGUCGCUCAUUUGCUACGGUAUAGGGCCUAUAGGAAUUGGAGUUGAACAAAAAACGGGACAAGUACUGGUUACUAGCCUUAGUUUGCAAACAGUGCAGCACACCGAGCAGCGAAAUUUAUGGAUAGGGCCACGAAAUAACGACUUGGUACAUAUGGGUGCGAAGUUUGCUACUUGUAUGCGUAGCGAUGUUCGUAUCAUGGAUGUGCUAUUGAAGACGAGGCGGCAAGAACGUGAAACAGCUUGUUGUAUACGCAACGAUGAUUCAGGAUGCGUACAAAGCUCUCAAGCGGACUGCUCUGUGCGUGGACUAUUCCCAACCAAGUCUAUAUCAACCUGGAAAAAAUGGUCGCCUGGUGAAUCUGGACCAGGUGGUCGCAUUUCGGGUUCCGUUUGUGGACUAGAUCCUAAAUACUGCGAUGCACCCGCAUCCAUAGCACCAUAUGAAUGGCCAGAUGAUAUAACAAAAUGGCCAAUUUGCCGCAAAACAAAUUCGUUUUCACAACGUUUUCGCUACAAAGAUCACACCGCCGAACACAUGGUAUGCGAGGUCAUAGGUCAUCCGUGUUGCACUGGAGUUUAUGGAGAAUGUAGAAUAACCACUCGCGAGUACUGUGAUUUCGUCAAUGGCUACUUUCACGAAGAAGCAUCGUUAUGUUCGCAGAUUUCCUGCUUAAGCAACGUCUGCGGCAUGGUGCCAUUUAUAUCUGGUGAGGUGCCUGAUCAAUUUUAUCGUCUAUUCACAUCACUUUGCUUACAUGCUGGGAUUCUUCAUUUGGCCAUUACUGUCGCCUUUCAACACGUAUUUCUAGCCGACUUGGAGCGUUUAAUAGGGCCUGUCCGCACUGCUAUUGUUUAUAUUGGCUCAGGACUGGCUGGCAAUUUGACUAGCGCCGUAUUAGUGCCAUACAAAGCAGAAGUUGGACCAUUGGCAUCAUUGUCUGGUGUAACUGCGUCCCUGGCUGUGUUGCUAAUACUUAUCCACUGGAAGCAUCUACGUAAACCGCACGUUGCUCUUUUCAAACUUAUGUGUAUAACAGCACUAGUUUUUGGCGUUGGAAUACUACCUUGGCAGUUGAACUUUGCAGGCCUGUUGGCGGGCAUUUUUUGUGGAAUAUUCUUAACCAUUGCUCUGGUGCCGUUUGUGAGCGUUACCAAAUAUGGACGAAAAUCUAAGAUCAAUCUUAUAUGGUCCUGCGUCAUCUUCCACCUGUUUAUAUAUUCAGCGCUGUUGGGGAUUUUCUACGUAUUUCCAACGGAGUUAACUUCACUAAAUGUGGGAGAAGUUUUAAAAACAAAUUUAAACGCUAAUUCAGGCGGUGGCAGUAACGUUGCAGAUAGCGUAAGUGUUGGCCAUAGUGGUGAUAUGCCUGCUGGUAUCAGUAAUGGCAGAGGGUAUAAUGGCAAAAACAAAUGGUACCAAUCGAUGCAGCAGCAGCAGUAUUACUAUCACCAUCGUUCCAGUGAUAUAAUUACAAGUGGAGUGGAUUUACAGAAGAAACCAUUACAAGUGCAGCAAAAUGAAAUGGGUCCUGUGCCAUCAUUUUAUAAUUAUGCUUACCAUAUGAAUCGCAGCAAUAAUCAAAUGAGUAGCAAAUACAAAUAUAAUCCUAAUAAUAACGGUAAUAGUAAUAACAGCAGUUUCACAAAUUAUUAUUUUGCGAAUAACAUCAAAAGCUUUUUGAACAGCAGUAACAAGUCACACCAUAUAACAGGCGACAGUGAAAUAUUGUCAGAAAAUGCGCGACCUGUCGCCAAAGUCAUAGAAGUUGAAGCGGGAUUGAGUAAUCGUAGUACUGGCAACACUAACAUAAUCGCGUAUAACAUUAAAAAAAAUAAAAGAACUAGUGAGGAAGUUAUCGGUGAUGGAAGCAAUAACAUUGACAUUGACGUUAUUGUCGGGGACAUGACAGUUGGUAAGGUGCAGUCGUUGCAAACAUUCAACGCUAUAGUCAAUCAGACGCCGAAUUACAGUAGUGGUCGAUAUUCGUUUGGGAAGCAAACUAACAACUUGAGAUUUGUUGGAGUCAGUGCCAAUGGUAACUACAACAGAAGUAACAGUCUCAUCUUAGAAAAUCAACAGCUACAGCUACAACAACUAAGGCUUAUGCUACAUUCAGGACGAAAACAGUCACACCCUAAUGGCAAUAUUAAGGACACGAGCUUUUAUAAUGAUCGCCAAAAAUUAGAUAAUAUUGUAGAUUCGUUACAUAACUUUGACGACAUUGACAUACACAGGGAACUAAUGUAUAUAGUCGAAGGAGAUACCGACAACAAAGACGACUUAGAGGUAUCGCUUGUCACAAAACCGCACGUAAAUCCAGAUGAGAAAACCCAGUUCACCUUCCAUUUAAAUGAUACCAGCGUUUUUGCGUUCAUCAAUGACAGAAAUGUAAAUACGACUUCAACCAAUCCAAAAGUCGCAAGAGUUGCCAAAUCCAAAGUUCGUUUGAGCACAAAGCCUUGGCAGAACUUUACGGGUAGUCAACAACAGCAGCUAAAUUUAGUAUCAAAUGUUGCAGCCCCAUUUAAGAGAUUGUAUAAAAAAGUCGCGGUAACAGCAUUAACAGAUACAAUAAAUAUGUCAGGUUCGGCUACCGGAGAUCCGGCAUCAACAGCUACAGGACCAAGAAGCACCACAUCGUCAUCCAUGCUGGGUGAAGCGGAUAAAUUGAAAACAAAAACCGAAUUGAUGAAAAGAAAAGUGCAACAAAAAUGACAAAUAGCAACAGCAGCAAAAAAAAAAAAACAAUAACACCAACAAUACAGCAAUAAACGCCAAAGGGGUAUGAGUAUAAUAAUAUAAAUAUUUACAAAUAAUUUCACAAACAAUAGUAGUUUAAGAAGCAAGCAAAAGCUAAAAAAGAUUUCAUUGUAGAACUAACGCUAAACACAAUUUCCAUAUAUUGCACAUGUUGGUACACAUACACACAUAUAUUCGUACAUGUGCAUUUAUACAGAUAUAUCAGUAAUGACCACAUUAAGCGAACAACACUCAGAAAUACCAAAAGCAGCUAACGAGCAUGCAUGCAUGAUUUUAAAAAUAUACAUACAUACAUAUGUAGAGCUUUGCGCGUCGCUAAAUGAUCACUUAUCAAAUUCUACGUUUUACACAAAAUGGCUUUUAAGCAGACCCUUCAACUUAUUCUCUUAUAAGUCGCUUUCGAUUCGCCAUAUCUUUAUAUCAUUAUUUGCUUAUGCCAGUUAAUUCAUUUAUACUAGUUACUCGAUUGCCACACUUUUAACAACUUUUAUACGCUUGAAGCAUGGUGCUACAGAGUAUAAUAGUUUUGUUCACCUAACGAUUCUUUAUAUCGCCAAUAACUAAUCGAAAUAGAUAUAGGUAUGUUAUAAUAUAUAUAUAUAAAUGAUUAGCAUGACGAGACGAGUUGAAAUCGGUCCGCCUGUCUGUCCGCAUGUGCAGGCUAUAGAUUAAGUAAAAAUUGAGACAUCGUAAAGAAACUUAGUAAACGUGUUCCUUAGCAAAGUUCGGUUCUGUAAAUGCGCGGGGUUGGAUCACUGCCACGCCCACAAAAUUCCGUUAACCGAAAUCCAAUAAAGUGCCAUAACUGAGCAAUGAAUUAAGAUAGACAAAUCCCUUAAGUAUGUACCUCUACGCGCACUGUUAAAAUGGAAAUAUAGAAUAUAAUGAAUUUGUUGUUGGCCCCACUGCUAUGUAAAUUGAUUAGGUUUUAUUAAAUAAAAAUAUGAAAUAUACCAUUACUUUAAAAUGCUAAGCUACUUAAGCUCCUUUUUGUGCAUAGAAGGGCAGGUAAUAAAAAUGUUAAACAGUAACAACAUAAAUUACAAAUAAUACCUAGUGUAAGUUUGGCUAACAAAACGAAUUGAAGAAGAUGCAAUGGUUUAUUAUAUAGAGGUCAGGCCUACCAACUGACUAAAUAACAAUUAUAUUUACAAUUUCUUCCUAACUUUAGUUAUCGCAAAAAUAUCAAUGACUUCGUUUAAAUCCAGGCUUGUUUUUUAAUUGCUAUUAGCGAUAAAUGUCGGAGUCCUGUUUGGUCCGUAUUAUUUCUUAAAAUAUUUGUUUUUUUUUUUUUUAAUUUGCUAAGUGACCUUUCAGUUGCUGCAGAGAAGUGACGAGAAUUGUCAUGAAUAAUAACAUUGCUGCAAAAAUUUCCGUUUUACUAUAUAUUUUGUACAUUAUUGUGAGAAGUCCAUGCUUGAAUUGGUGGAGAUAAAACUAGGUGGUAAAUAUUAAUAAAUUUAAGUGAAAAACUAGGGCCUAUUAUAUCUGAAUAUUUUCUUUGGAAUUCGUCACACUUUUAUAAUAAAGUUGCUUCAUCAACAUGUAAUAAAAAUGUUGGUGUUAGAAAAUCAAAUAAAUAUUUUUUCUCGUUUUGGAAAUCGGUGAUCAACUGAUAAUUCAUCAAAUUGUUUUUUAACUUUUCUUUGCAUUUUUUCUGGAAAAUGGGUGUCAAUACCAUAUUUUCUUGCAGUUUCACUAGCUUUGCACUUGAAUAAUUCGAAAUCAAAUCUAUAAAUUUGCAACUUUGCUUUGGUCUUUACUAAAACUAUACUCGCCUCGCUCAAAUUGAAGGUCACAUUUUUGUUAAGUUUUGGAUGCAUAAUUGUGGCUGUUCAAUACACUGUUAAUGAAUUUGCAAAGCAACGCGAAAUUUAACACUUUUUUUUAAUACUUCCUGCUUCGCAACGCUCAUCAUUAUUAGGGCUCUUUAGAACUAUUUCUGAUAAUGCUUUGAUAAUAUCAAAAUAACGAAGUUUUAUUGCAGACCUGAAUUAAUGUGGUGCAGGUGACUAGGUCACAUUUUUGUAAAGUUUUGGAUGCAUAAUUGUGGCUGUUCAAUACACUGUUAAUGAAUUUGCAAAGCAACGCGAAAUUUAACACUUUUUUUUUAAUACUUCCUGCUUCGCAACGCUCAUCAUUAUUAGGGCUCUUUAGAACUAUUUCUGAUAAUGCUUUGAUAAUAUCAAAAUAACGAAGUUUUAUUGCAGACCUGAAUUAAUGUGGUGCAGGUGACUUGCAUUGCACGAUAUUUCGCAUUAUACAAUGAGCUGUAGCCGAAAUCUAUAGAUUUGGUACAAUUUAUUGACUUAACGGACAAUAAUAUGAGUGGUCAAAUUAAAUAAAAUUGAACCACUAUAUUGACCAGUACAAAAAGUUUAUUGACAUUAGUUUACUUACUCCUGAUCCAUGUAUUAAUUUUAAUACUAUAUUAAAAUCUGAACUCGAGUUCACAAUAAAACGUUUAUUGACGAAUAAGAAACGCACAUAUCACUAUCCGUCAAAUUGACAGCACUGCCAACCUAGAAAACAAUUUAGGAUAACUUCCUAGGCAUAACUUUUGAAUUUCUCUCAACGGAGUUGUUAUGAUUAAAGGGUCGUCGCAACCUCUUUUAUUUAUUAUAAAAAUGGGAGAAAGUUCUGUUCGAUCGAAAUUUCUGGUAUGGAUUUGAAGACCCCCUGACCGAUAUCGACAAAUUUGAUAUGCGAUAUACAUAUUAUCUUCACAUUCUAAUAUUACAAUGUAGAAAUGGGCGAAAUUGGAGUACAUUAUAUAUUUCCCAUAUAACAAAAUUUUAAAUUUCAUCUGAUUCAAGGAAUAUAUUGGGAUAAAACAUUGCGCGGAUAGUCUCUUUAAAAUAUGUGAUCUCAGGCCAAAAAAUUGUUAAAAUCGGAACAUAACUGUUCAACCCCCAAAUACCGGAAAUAUGAACCCUAAAGCCUCAGACUGACUUUUAACCGAAAAUAUCGGGCAAUAUAUCCAUAAAUGAAAUUAGGAGAUUCCUGGUAAUAUUAUGUCUGUAUGCUAAAAGUGGGUUGAACCGGGUCAAUAUAGGUUGACUUUAUACCGCAUCGGUAUAUCGGCCGAUCAAUAAAUUAUCUCAAUGAGAGAGCGUGAUUUUCUGAUAACGGUGCAUCGUUGUGCGUAAAAUGUAAGAAAUGAGGUGAAAACAUGCCCAAACUUUAAACAACUGUAGAUAUUUCCCCACCUUUUAUCCCUGGAAGUUGCAAGAGUCGGUAAUAUUUGGAUACACCAGAAUUUAGUCCUUUUUACAUAUAAAAUGUAUUUACGAGAGUUGCCUUUUAUAUAUCAGGAUUAUAGAACAAAAACAAAUAUUAAUCAUCGAAUAUCGCUUUAUAGCUUUUUUAAGUAUUCUCCUUUAAAAUUUUUUACAUCAUCACUUUUGCCACUUUAUUUGAAGUAUCUCCAAAACAUGCAUUCUGACCGUAUACCACGAUUUUACGUUUGUUUAUUACAAUGUUGGUGGGACUAGAAAAAAUGCAAUUAUUUACGAAUUUAAUACUAAUGAAAAAUUUUGGCAAAGUGUUAUCCAAUCACCACGAUACUUGAACAGAAAAGUUUUUGGACAAAACUCUGACUUUCAGUGUUUUUAUUUUUACCGUUUGGUACACAAUUAAAAGGAGUAAAUAGUUCCUGAAUUAGGUGUUGUCAGAGACAUGAACAGAUUGCUAUUUUAAAUAAUUAAUUAAAUAAAAGUAAAACCAUAGCAUGAUGACAUGAUGGAAAUUUUUAAAAGUUAAACAUUUGAAAAGUAAACGUUGUUUGUCUAGAUCCAGUCCCAGGCGGUGUACUUUGCGGCAAUUUAAGAUUCAUCAAAAAACAAGAUUUUAGAGAAAAACCACCAAUUACACAGGUCCACAAAAAAAAUCGAUGAAAGGUUCCUUUGACCAAACAUGGUGUAUGUAUUUUGAGCCGCUGAAACCGCAUCUGAAGUCCGUUUUCCACCAUCACGUCAGGAUUUUUUCCUAACCUCAAAAUACAUGUCGGAUUUUACUUGACAGAAAAAAAUUUAAAAAUAUUAACGGAUUUAGUUAAUUUUGGGAUAGAGGGGUUUUGAGGGGUUCCUGAUUACAAAAUUAAAGACAAAUUUUCAAAAUACAAAAUGGCGGAUCCAAUAUGGCCGUCAAAAUUUAAAAAAAUUCUUGAAUUUUCAAAAAAUUCUUCAAUUUUUAAGAAAUUCUUCAAUUUUUAUAAAAUUUUGUAUCAAGGGAUUUUCGAGGUCACUGAUUUCGAAAUUAAAGGUAAAUUUUCAAAAUACGAAAUGGCGGUCAGAAAAAAAAUUAUUGAAUUUUCAUAAAACUUUGUACAGAGGGGUUUUUAGAGUCGCUGAUCACUUAUUUAAAGCCAGAUUUUCAAAAUACAAAAUAGAAAAUCCAUUAUGGCUGUCGGAUUUUUACAAAACUUAGUAUCUGUGAGUUUUUGAGCUCGCUAAUUAUGAUUUUGAAGUCAGAUUUUCAAAAGUAAUUGCUAAUAUUAGUUCAGAACUUCCUUUAUUUUACAAUUACCUGCAUUCAGCUAUAUACCCAGGAACAACGACGUGGACGUAGCAGGCUUCUGUUCCCAUUGGGGUGCUUGUUUAUUGUGAGUCCCCUUGCCUCUCACUAUUCUUAAAGGGGGAUUGACUAGGUCUUUCGAGGAGGAUUGGUCAACAAAAAGGCUGAUUUUAUAUUAAUUUAUUUAAUAGUAGCGAGUUUUUUUAGUUUCAAAUGAUGUUCGUAGUGCUUUUCUUUUAUGUGGAUUUGAAGUCUCUCUUUUUAGUGACCAACAGUAGUCUGCUAACAUGUGGUCCUUCCAUACCCCCUGAUAUCUCUUUUCCAUCUUUUGUAAAUCCUGGUGGAAUCUCUCGCCCUGCUCUUCACUAAAGUCACCCAAAUUUUCAGGAAAAGUUUCGACGUGUGAAUGAAGAAAGUGCAGUUUUAGAUUCAUUAGGCAUCCCAAUUUUUCAUAAUUCUUUAACAUUUUCUUGACAAUAUUUGCGUAAUUAGGAUCUUUUGUAUUCCCCAAAAAUUUUUGUGUCUUCUCUGAAACUUUGCCAGGCUUCUCUUUCCACCGUAGUCAUUAUUUUUUCAAAUUCAGUAUCCUUCAAAAGCUCUCUUAUCUGUGGACCAUUCAAAACGCCUUCUUUUAUUUUUGCUUCUGACAAUUUGGGAAACUUUUCGAAGAGGUACAUAUAAGCUUUGUUUGCGCAUUUCUUAUUGCUUUAAUAAAUUGUUUUACAAGACCCAGUUUUACAUGAAGUGGUGGUGGUACUAAGACUUUACGUGUUAUGUGGAGGUGCCCUGCAUGCAGGCAUAAAAUAUAAUUUGUGGGCAGCGGCCCUAAAAACUUCUAGAUAUAUGUACUAAGUAAGUUUUGUGAACAUUAAAGAAAUUUUUAUACAUCCGACAGCCAUAUUGGAUUUUCUAUUUUGUAUUUUGAAAAUCUGACUUUAAAUAAGUGAUCAGCGACCCUAAAAAUCCCUCUGUACAAAGUUUUAUGAAAAUUCAAGAAUUUUUUGUUCUGACCGCCAUUUUGUAUUUUGAAAAUUUACCUUUAAUUUCGAAACCAGUGACCCUUCAAAACCCCUCUAUCCCAAAAUUAAGCUAAAUUCGUUAAUAUUUUUAAUUUUUUUCUGUCAAGUAAAAUCCGACAUGAAUUUUGAGGUUAGGAAAAAAUGACGUGAUGGAGCAAAACGGACUUCGGUUUCAGCGGCACAAAAUACAUAUAAUACACGAUGUUUGGUCAAAGGAACCUUUCAUCGAUUUUUUUUGUGGAUCUGUGUUACUUAUUUAUAAAACGUCGAAAUUAAGAAAAGUGCUUCGAAAAUUCCUUCUGUUUUCAAAAAGCUCUAUGGAUUUCAUUGAAAUCUCCUGAAGGGUUUUCAAGCUACAUUGGACACCAUCAAAUACCUUGAUGCCUCUAUUUGUUUUCCGGAUACAUGGAAAGAUUCCUGGGUAAAACUAUUAUACUCUAGAGUAACAUUUUGAAAAAUACAAAAAAAUAUGACUACCCAUAGCUCUUUAAUAUUACAUAAGGUCAUACAAACACUUACACUAUAAUCACAAUUCAAAUAGACCAGACAAAAAAAAACAAUAGCUUAAAAUUUGUGGUUAAUAAUUAAGUACUUUCACAACGAGCCGGCAGCAUACAAAAUGAUAAUAAUGUUCUCAACUACUACGAGUUAAGAUUAAACUUUAAAUAAAAAGUAAAAUUUGAAAUAUUUAUUCUGAGCUGGUUUCACUUAAUACAAUAUAUAGUUUUGAAUGUAGUUAAUAUCAUCGCCGACAAAUAUUCAGUGAUUGCCCCUAGCAAAAUUAUGUACUAAUUACCCAAUCGAGAAACUAUACUAUAUAAGCUGUCUCUUAUUCGCCAUUUCUCCUAUCGCUAUCUUUGCGCCCGACUCUCUUGUUAAAAGAAUUACAUACAUACAAUAUAAAAGCAUAUUUUAACUACAUCAGUUUUACUAUUGCGAAUGGCUGACAUGACCCACAUUUCUUUUUAUUCCCAGAUUUCCAAAACUUAACUCUUAAAAUCAAUUAUAACAGGGGUUAAUAAAACGUUGUUUUGACAUGGAAAAAAUAAUUUAUCGUAGUACAAUUCCUCAUGAAUCAAGGACAUGCUAUAGCCGGUCACACCAGAAUUGUUGCCUGUUUGUCGAUUGGCUACUCUCCAAUGAUUGGGGGUUCAAAGGCAGCUAUAAUCACUCUCUAAAAUUAUAACAGAUAUAUUUACAAUUAAUUAAUGAUACUCCUCCUUAUUAAUCAGGUUGCAAUACACGUAUGUAUGUAUAUUCAUUUGUAUGUCCAUAGUCCUCGCUUAAGUUGGCACCCAUGAAUUGAGUCCACGAGAUAGUAAAAGUGAUUAACGAAGAUUCGAAUGCUAAAAUUUACAUGAUCCCAUUCGUUUCAUAAUCAUUAUAUUUUACGUAUUUUUACAUUUUUGCUUUGCUCACAUUUACCUUUUGUUAAUAUAACGGUCGUGGUUUAGCAUGGCAAAACAUCUUUGAGGCCAAUAUAUACCUGUUUAUAAAAGGAUAUAAUUCAUUUGAAUUUAACGUUUUGCAAAGUUUUUUUAAGUUUGUAGGAGAUAAUCAGGGCAGAAAAGCGUGUGCAAUAACAGCAUAAAAGGUACCAUAUUCGGGCUGUCCUCUUUUUAUAUUGUUUGCAAUUAGGUAUCCCGUAGCAAAUUUUUUUCAAUACUUUUUAUGGGUUUUUAAUUUUUGCUCCUCAUCCUUACACAUACAAAUGUUCAUCCCAACCUAAAAAACAAAAAUAAUGAAAAAAGGUAUGAAGUAACGUAAAUAAAUCAAGCAUUGCAUGUUCAAAGUCUUAAUCUCAAGUGAAUAAUCUAAUGAUACGAUAUAUGUAUAAAGAACCAUAAUUUUUUUUAUAUUAAAAUAUAAUAUUAAUAAUGAUUAACACAUAUUCUCACAUACGUACAUACGUACGUAGACACAAGUCAUACGUGUCUGGUGCUGUUGUUGCAAAAAUCAACUUGGAAUUACUCGAAUUUGCUUUGUUUUUCUUCUUCCGCUGUUAUAUGUAUAUACAUAUAAAGUUUUGAUUUAUAUAAAAAACCAAAAUAAAAAAACCGCAAACAUGGAUUAGUUGUAAUGUGGGGUAUAAUAAGAUAUAAAAAUGUGCAUAAAUUAAAUAUAAAAUGGAGAAUACAACAGAGUAUUAUACUAAUAAAGAACAGUUUUCAAUCAAUCAAAA